AUGCAAAACAUCGUUGACCCCGAUAGCACACGUCGUGGCAAUACAAUUCCGCAAAAGUGUAAUAACGACUCGUACAUUUUUAAGGAAAGCAAACAAAACAGUGGUAGCCAAAAUGGAACAAAUGCAGAGCAAGAACAAAUGGAAAAUAACUACUUACUAAACCAGAAGAAGCAAAAAAGUGGACCACAUAUAAGGGAGGAAAAGACCACGGUGAAGACCGACAAGAACAAUGCACACAGUGAAUGUAAAGUAGAACCCCACACGGAUAAUAUUCAUCAUCCAUUUGCUUCUAAUUGCCUAAAGAGUAAAAGCACAUCCAAGGAUUUUUUAACCAAUGAGGAAGAAACGAGCACAAAAAAGAGCCUAGAAGAGGCGGUCAAUAGAAGGAGAAAAAUUAACGAAAUGAUUGCAGCGUACAAUUCUUUAAAUUUAAGUUUAUCCAGUUGCAAUUGGGGCAAUUUGGGAAAUUUAGACAAUUUGGGCAAUUUCGACAAAUUGGACAACUUGGACAAUUUAGACAACUUCGACGUGAGAAAGAAAACGUCUCUUUACAAUUCUGAUUAUAGAUGUGGUGUGGAUUAUCUGAAGCAAAUGAGUUACAAGAAAAAAGUGUCUGAAGGGAACUACUCAGGUGUGACGAAUCAGGCGGAGGGGAGAAAGGGAGAGGCCUACAACAGAGGGGAUUGUGGCAAUAAUGAGAUCUCGAGACUGUCUAGGAGCAACUACUCGAAUAGUUUACUCCACCGGAGGGGGAACCUCGCAAGUGGGGACAACCGCGUGUGCAGAAUAAAGGACCUCUCAGGGGGUCACGGGAAUAGUAGCGAAGAAUGCCACAAAAAUGGCCUGGAAAAUUGCCGCGAAAAUGGCAAUGGCUGCGGCCGAGGCAAUUCGAAGGAUCAGUCUCAAGAUGACGACGAAUUGGAAGACUAUAAAACAUUCGUAACCCUAGACAGCAACCAUACCAUAUUCAAGGCAAAGCCUCUGAAGGUUCCCGAUCUCUCCUUCCUGCAUAACAGCAGCCGUGUUUACAGCACCUUGGAUUUUAGCAACGCGGGGGAAGACGAUCACAGUAGUAGCCGCUUCUGCAGGAAUAGAAUUCUGUACGAUAGGUUGGAAGGCCUGUCCUUCGACCACGAUGGGGACGAUGACAGUGUUGGCGAUGGUGUGAAUUAUGGCGGUUCUGUCAAUGUUGGAGGAGAUAUGAACUGCUCUCACGUGAACCCUCGCAGGAAACCUGGUCCCAUCUCGGAGCAGAGCGCAGAAAACCCUGCACUGCGAAAGAACACAGCAGGCACUCCCCAGAGCAGUCAUCAAAGUUGCCUGGACAAGAGUGCCAACUUCUUCGAGCUAAGGAAGGAAAAUAAAAAAGACGUCGGUAAGAAUUGCAUAAAAAGUAGCGGACUGAGAAAUUCCUACAUAGAGCAGCUAAUUAAUGGCAGCAUUAACCAGAUUAGCCGCAUGACUCCGGCUAGUCGCACCGCCGGCCACAAUGUGAGUCGCGUCCAUUGCGGCCAGAAUCGCGAGAGAAGCGAGAGCCACUCCAAAAGGCAUACAAACGAAAGGAGCACUCACCAAAACGAUAUGGACUUCAAUUUUGUAAAAAAUGAUUCCAUAUGCAAUAACAGUUACCGUAGACAAACCGCCGACUUGGGAGGUACUAAAAUUUCUAUGCAUGUCCGCGCACCAAAUAUCAAAGUCGAAAAAGGCACAAACUAUUUAAGACGAAUCAGUAACACAUGCGACAUUUGUACAGUCACCUACAACUGUGAGGAUGGACCUGAAGGCACGUGCAAUGACAGAGGUGAACACCACGCACGUAGUAGUGAGAAGUAUGCAAAUACGCAUACGCAGUAUGGGCAUCCGUAUGAUAUGAAAAAGAAGGUGCAGGAAAGUGAAGUGCACCGCCACAGUUUACACCGUAAUAAUUGGCACCGCGACAGUUUGCCCUACCGGCAUCCCUGCCUCAACAACUUAGAAAAAUUUAAAGAAAUGCUUCUGAGCGUGGCGACAGAUAAUCUAAACGAAUAUGCAAAGUGCCUACAGAGCAUCAACAACGAAAAGUUAAAGAACUACAAGUACUGUAUCAAGCGAGUGAAUGACUACAACAUUAGUCAAUAUUUGAGUGCGACGUUUCGCGCGUGCAUUCCAGUGAAAGGCAUUGAAGAGUCGGUGCUGACCAACUCGGAUACCUUUUCUUCCGUUCGGAACUCGGCGUACGAGAACGAUGAGUCAAGUGCGUCCCCCCACGGCGGAGACACGAGUUGUGAGGAGUUGGCAAAUGUGAGCAGUGUAGGUGGUGAUAGCCGCAGGGGGAAUGGCAGCGGUGGUAGUGUCCAUGGCAGCGACUCUGUUAGCGACUACGUUAGCGACUACGUUAGCGACUACGUUAGCGACGGGGUUAGCGACCUCGACUGGCAUGGAGCCAGCGGAGCUAACAGCACCCUGAAAGUUUACAAAAAGAAAAAAAAAAUUAGACGCACCAACUGCCUAGAACACAUCCCCAAGGGCGAAUUUAGUUCGUGUCCAGAGAAAAUAAAAAGUGAACGCAACGACAGAACAGGCGUAGAUCGUACUGAUAAGAUGUGUAUUCACAACGGAAAGAGCAGCUAUUCAUACGAGAGGAGCCAGAAGCAGAGAAAAAGGCAAACCUAUGCAAUUAGGCAAUGCAAACUAGCGAACGUUUCAAUUGAUAAUCUUAAACUUAACUAUGUUGAGAAGAAGUUAAAAAAACAGAACAAAACGUGUCAACAACCACUGGGCGGAAAAACGUACUUGGCUCGAAGGAGCUACAUGUGUAGCCGCGAUUGUGCGGAUGGCGACUGUAGCGGUUAUGCCCGUUACGCCCGUUGUGGAUGCUAUAGCUGCGCGCGCACACCGAACGGCCAAACCGCGCAGUUUUUCAAAAAAACGAACCAAAGCAAAGGCAAAUAUCCCCAUAGCAGCAGCUGUGGCGGGAAAAACAAACAAAGUGCAUUUCUUUCCCUCGACGCAGAUUCAAAGAACCACAACGACGAACUUAAAAGCUCGUCCAGUUCUCAAAGUAGUCUGUGCGAAGGGCACUACAAAGAGUUACCCUUUAACGACAAGCGAAGUGGUCGCCAAGAAAUUUCUGCAAAUGUGAAAAGUAUAAGCAAUUGUAACGACACCAUGAUGGAUGACCUCCUCAUGAGGAAGGACUCGACAAAUGGCGGUAGACAUAGGGGCCAAAGGAGUACCUUUAGGAAUGACAGCAACCUUAAGGUGAGUGAAAAUUUGGCUGAUUACACCGGAGUGAAUUAUUUGCAGGACUUUCCUCUCCUCAGCGAGGAUAAUAAAUAUGUGAACAGAUAUAUAAUGCGAAACGUGGGUGAAGGGGGGGACAGCAACGAGAGGACUUACCAGGAAGAUGAUCCACACCCCAUUGUAGAAUUCAACUCGAGUGGUUAUCCCCUCGCAAAGAGCCUUCGUAAGCAAAAUGGCACAAGUGAACUGGGAAGGAAGAACCAGACAGGGGACAUAAAUCAAUCAUAUUACAUCAAAGAGGGGUCCCAAAACUACUAUGUGGAAAGUGAAAAAUUAAGUGAACUCCAUCCUAUGAGAAUGGAACAGAACAGUGUGAGCUGCCAAAAUUAUGACCCCUUUGAAGAUAAGAGCUUCCAAAAUGGCGAAAGUCUCUACCGUAGGGACGAUUCCAAUGGGGUCCAAACGGAUGGGAGAGGAAGACCCCCCCAUUUAUAUAACAUGCAAAGGGACAGCAUGACCAAUUUCGACUCCCCAUUUUUAAGUGAAAAAGAGAAAGACAUGACGAAAGGGGGAAACCAUGUUUUAAAUUUCAAUGCAGAAGAAAGUCAACACAGUUAUGAUAGGCACAGAGAGGAACACAAAAUGGAUAUCGAAAAUAAUCCCCUGCCGAAUAACCCACCCAGUUGUAAACUAUCUCUUCAUUGCGCAGACAAGUACGAAGGAAAAAACAUUGAAGAGAUUAUUAAAAACAACAAGACGAGGAUUGAGCACCUGUACGAUAGCGAAGGAAGUCAAAGUCAUGUUUGCAUCGGUGCAAAUAUGACUCCCUUUACACACAGCAUGGAGGAUCAGAUGGAAGCAAAUCAGAAUGAGACUCCUUCCUUUGUUCACAAAUUUGACAAUGCUUGUAGCUCGCAAAAUGAUCCCUCCUAUUCAGUUAACUCAUAUAAUGAGGAUAUGGAAGAUAAAAAUGUAUUUUCCUGUUCUCUGGACAGCUUCAAUGAAGAGUUUAUUGCCCCCAUAUCGGUUCCCACCCCUGCGGCGUCCAUUUUCUCGGAUGGAAGUGUCUCUUCCCCGCAGAGAGGGAACUUAAGUGGUGAGGGGUCUCCUCACCAGGGAGAUGUAAACAUAAAUAUAAACAUAAAAACAGACGCGGGAAGGGAUCUACCGUUCGGAGGCCCCUUCCAGAUAUACCACCAAAAUUCUAAUUGUGAUACAAACCCGACGGAGUCCCAUCAAAUCGGUGUGGUUAAUAAAAAAUGUGAAUACAACUCGUUAGGUCUCGCUCAGGAUUACUUUCCCAAAAGGGAAGACACUAUCCUAUGUAGUAACAAUUUGACCAAUUUAACAGAGGGAGGAAACUACAGCUCCAGCACCACACCUGGUGAGCUCAUAGCGAAGUUCUCAAAAAAGAAAGACGAAUCUAUGAUGGAAAAGAAAUUGAACCCAUCUGAUAAAAACAUAAGUAGUGAAGAAAGUAGCACAUACCAGGGAAAAGGAACGUGUGAUAGCAUAAGUAGCGAAAAUGUUAAUCUCCAUUUUCAACGCAAAGGCAGCAUGGUGAGAAGAACCAAUGAAGAGGUGAACCAAAGCAAUAAGCAGACCUACCACCAGGUGAGCAGCUCAUCUGGUAGGGAAACAAAUGACGCAAUCGGAGAUGAAUCAAAUGAAUUGAAGAGGGGGAAAGAAAAAAAUACACUCCACAAAAUUGUAACUACACUAGAAAUAAAAGAAACAAAGAUAAAGACCAAGCAAGGCAUUUUCGAAAUAACAUCGGAGGGAAAAGUUGUCUUCACUUUCUUCGGAAGAUCAGAAAUUAAAGAAUACAAAAAAGUAAAGAGACACAAGCUAAAUAUAGACAUCUCCAAGCCAAGGAAGCUAUUAUUUAUAAUCGAAAUAAAUGGAAUAAACAUAAAAAUAAAGGAUGUACUGUUAGACGAUGUGUUGGAUUUUUACAACCUCCUCGAAGAAGAACUGCCCAAGUCGCACCAAGUAAGAUACGAGUAUGCUUAUGACGUCAUCGAGACAUUGAAAAAACACACCCCUAAGGUGUCUCUAACGAAGAAGUGGUUUGGCGUAUACAACCUCAUGAGCAAUGGAAGCACUCCCGAUUUUAUGGCCACACUGAAAAAUAACAUGUUUAUUGACAAAAUUGAAAUUAAGAACAACCAAGUGAUGUUUGCCUUGAAGGAGGGGAAUACCGUAACGCUGAAUAUUGACGAUUUGAAUGGGGUCACUACCAAACUGACGAGACAGUUACGGGAGAAAGGCAGAAAUACCACGGAGGAAGACGCAAGAAAGGGGUGCGAGGCACUCCUCAGAGCGACGGUUUCCGCCGAUGAACAAGAUGUCAAGGCUGUUUUACUCAAUUUGCAAUUACUCCUAAAAAAAACAGGAGUGUCCAUAGAUAUAGUCAUCCAAAACUGGUGUAAUACUUUACAGGCCUACUCCCAGUGCCUGGACCUGUUGACAAAAGGAAACGCAGAAUAUACCCUCAGGCUAAGGAAAGACUUGACCGACAUAACAGCAACAACUGAGCUGCACAAGAGGGAGAUUUAUUUUUCCAUAUUUCCUGUCAUAGUUGAGGAGUGA